GGCCAUAUUGACUUGUUCGGGCUCCUUGCGCAGAGUGCCCAGAUCAUCCUUUGCUUUCUCCCGUUUCUCAGGUUUUGUUGGUUGUUUUGGGCGCCACAUUUUCACCGUCUUCUCUGUUUUCCGCUUCGUCAGAGGCGCAAGGUUCAGCUUGCUUGGCAUCAGCAGCCCAAACGUGACGAACACCGGCACUAUUUCCAGCCUUUCAAGAAGGACCUGUACCGCACUUAGAGAUGGCGCUUUCCCAAACUCUCGCUGGGCGCUCCGCUGUUGCUGGUGCCAUCUCGAGCCAGCAGUCUGCCGCAGCAGGCGUCCCAGCAAAGCAGGUGCUGGCAGCAAAGCUGCCCCUCAACCUUUCAAGUGGCAGGCAUGUGAGCAAUGCCAGGUGUUUUGCCCCAAAGGUUGUGACCCACCUCCAGUCUAGGCAAGGCGAAACCGCACAGACCGUGAGGGCCACCGCAGACACUGCGUCGCAAGCAUCCACUGCACAGGAGGAGAACUGGGUUCCCGUCCUGCCUAUUACGGCGCUGCCACGUGGCGCUCGGAGACUGGUCCGACAGGACGGCGAGCUCAUUCUCCUUCUUUGGUACAAGUCAGAGAUCUGCGCUAUCGAGAGCAGGUCACCUGCUGAGGGCGCCUACAGCGAGGGCUUCAGCAAUGCAAAGCUGACCCAGGAAGGUGGCAUUGUGUGCCCCGGGACGGACACUGUGUAUGACUUGAAAACCGGCGAAAUCAAGGAGUGGUACCCCAAGAACCCCGUCCUUCGCUUCUUGACCUCCCCCACUAGAAAUUUGAUCACCUACCCAGUUAAGGUGGACGGCGAGAACAUCCUCAUCGACCUUCAGAGGGAAGCCGGCGGUGGCUACACAGAGGUUUUGUACAAUUCGCAGACUGGAGACAUGGCGGCAGGGCAGAGGGACGUGCAAGUCAAUGUUGUCGAGCCGCAGAUGCAAGUCGACGAGACCCAGGGCGGGUUCGGGUUCACCCCCAGGAACGAGAUCCUGAACGGAAGAGCAGCUCAGGUUGGGUUUGUGCUCCUCCUUGUUCAAGAGCUUGUUACUGGGAAGGGAUUUCUCGGAAGUUUGGGAAUCCUCGAGCAGAUCUACAAGUUGACGCCAAAGUAGAGAGCUGGGCUUGUGUCUGAUUUAUGCAGCAUUUGUAGGUAGAUCUGAGGUUUAGGUUGAGUUGUGUAUGUUGAGAACGUUUUAUCGAACGGUUUGUUGGCGAUUUGCUUUCAGUUUCUCAGUACAGAAGUCCGUUGCUUUGCAUGACGUUGAGUUGGUCAUGCAAUGUGAAGCUCUAAACGAAUCAGGUAGUAAACAAUUUGGUUGUAGUUUGCAAGGCUCCGAGUGCAUUGCGUUCAUAAGGGCAACAUGUAAUCGAAGCAAUGCAAGCAAACGUUGUGGGUUGGGUGUACGAUUUUGCCAGUAUCUUGCCCAAGUUCAGACGAACAUCGUUUGAACCCGAGUCUGGGAAUGCUGGCUAAAGAAUUUUCCCUAGGGCAACAGACUCGGAAGUUGACGUGUGUCAAUAUCACUAAGCGCACCACAUUUUUCCGAGUUCUAUAGCCCUGUUUGAAAAGGAUCGAUGAAAUUAUAGCUAGUUCUCACAUG